AUGACAGUUGAAGCGAUGAACAAGACGGAUCUAAAGUCAAACAGUGUAAUCAGCACAGUCAUCGAACAGGACGAGGACGACUCAAGCCUGGCACCUUUGGCUAUUGACGAAAUCGCAGAAGGAAUUGAGACAAUAGAGGAGGAGGCAUCUUCCCCAGAGAGUAGCAAAGCAGAGGAAGAUCAGAAACAAAAUCCAUUGAAAAGAGGAAACUCUAGAUUCAAGCAUUUUUAUUUCAAAAGAGAGCACCAGAAGGAGAAUCAACCGGUAGAGAAAGAGAAAGUACUUCGGGAGCCAAGCAGCAGACUCAGCUUACUUCGCAAUCAUAAGAAUGUAUGUGUAAAAGUUACUAUGGUUCCUACGUUCCUACUAACAACCCCAGAAGCCAAAGGAAACCUCAGACGAUGCCCAACUAAAGAUUUUGAUUACAAAACGACGACAUUAUCAGGCUAA